AUGGUAGGAUGUGGCUCUCGUGGCUAUGUAGGACCAAGAGGAUUACCAGGAACAGAUGGAGUUCCUGGUAAUGCUGGUCCCGUUGGUUCUCCAGGUUCUCACGGUCCUAAAGGAGUUAAGGGUAAUAUGGGACUUCCUGGUCAGAAAGGAAGCCAGGGCCCUCAAGGGUCUCCUGGUCCGGAGAUGAGUGAAGACAUAUUGAAACGCUACUUUUCACCAAUAAAGAACCUGACCGAAAGGGUGCAAAAACUUGAAGGCAAAGUUCAAUUGGGUCCGGAUCCCGUUGCUGCUUAUCUCUACGGAUCAUCUGGUGGUAACCAACAAAUUUCGGGAGUUGUAACCUACUGGCAGACCUCGAGUCCGUCAUAUCUACUGGGAGGUAUAACAUAUCAAAACGGAGCGAUCACUAUUCCAAUCAAUGGACUUUACUACCUCUAUCUUAAUGCAUACUUUCAAAUCAGAUCAAGAGACACCAGGCUGACGCUUAGAGUAAACGGAAAUAGAGCAACAGAGACUGGGAGCUACGCGAAUCACUCGAAUAGUCAAUAUAAUUCUAACUACGUAGCGGUGAUACUGCAGCUACGAAAGGGUGAUAAAAUUGACAUCUCGCUGGGUGGAGGUGAAAUGUACACAGGUGGCCCUUGGACGUACUUUGGAGCCUAUAAACUUCACUAA